UGUAUAUUGGAACAUUCAAACAGGAUAUGUUUAAUAACACUGGCCCCAAACCAUCCAAUACUGAAGCAGAAGAAGACAGUGGAGUUUGUGGAUUUCAAGAUUAAUGAUAAUGUUGAUAGGGCGACGAACAAAGUUUCUGGAAGACUGAAAAGAGGGGCCCAAUGGUUAAAUACAACAGCAGUGCUGUGCAAUUUAAAGUGUUCAGACGGGUCUGUAUAUUCUGUAGUCCCGGGCUUAAAAGCGAACUUAAUCGAAGUCAACGAGUUGUUGAUCACUAAUCCCAAUCUAGUGGCUGAACAGCCAUUUUCUUCAGGCUAUAUAGCCAUCUUGUUGACAAAAAUAGAAGACCACAGCAAAGAAAUGAAAAAACUGACCACAGAACAAGAAUUUUGGUUGAAAGUGAAUGGAGAUUUAAACAAAAAUACAAUGGACAAUGAUUGA